UUCCCGGCAGAGAGGGCGCUGUUUUGGGAGUGUGGCCGUGCGAGGGGGAAGUGGUUAGCACCAUCCCGUCAGAGGGGGAGCUGUUUUGGGAGUGUCGCCGUGCGAGGGGGAAGCGGCGGUUAGCAUCAUCCCGUCAGAGGGGGAGCUGUUUUGGGAGUGUGGCCGUGCGAGGUUGUGGGUGUAGGGGCGAGGUGGCGGUUAGCCACAUCCUGAGGCUGCGGCUCCUACAGAUGAACCGCAGUACUGUACUGUACUGUAGUGGCGACGUCAGUGAGUAGCGGCUGGAGAAAUGGCUACCACACCGAUCAGGUCACAGAGUGUGCAGCAAGCCGGCAGGAUGAAGAAGGACGAGUCUUUCUUGGGAAAGCUAGGAGGAACCUUGGUGAGGAAGAAGAAGGCCAGAGAAGUGAGUGACUUACAGGAAGAAGGUAAAAAUGCUAUCAAUGCUCCAUUGUCUCCAACACCUACUGACAUUCAUCCAGAGGACACAAUGCUAGAAGAGAAUGAAGAAAGAACAAUGAUUGAACCACAUUCCAAGGAAGAGGCCAAAUUCAAAGAACUUGUAAAGGUUCUCAUUGACUGGAUUAAUGAUGUACUUGUAGAAGAAAGAAUAAUAGUGAAAACUCUUGAAGAAGAUUUGUAUGAUGGACAGGUUUUGCAGAAGUUGCUAGAGAAACUUGGAAAUCGUAAACUUAAUGUUGCAGAAGUGACACAGUCAGAAAUAGGGCAGAAGCAGAAACUUCAGACUGUCUUGGAAUCUGUAAAUGACCUGCUUCGACCUCAAGGCUGGGCUAUAAAAUGGAGUGUUGAUUCGAUCCACACAAAAAACAUGGUGGCUAUUCUUCACCUUCUCGUGGCUUUAGCCAUGCAUUUCCGAGCGCCUAUCAGAUUGCCAGAGCAUGUCUCCGUGCAGGUGGUGGUUGUACGGAAGCGGGAGGGCAUACUUCAAACAUCGCACGUUACAGAGGAAUUUACCAGCACAACAGAGAUGAUGAUGGGGAGAUUCGAGCGGGAUGCAUUCGAUACAUUGUUUGACCAUGCACCUGAUAAGCUCAAUGUUGUUAAGAAGUCGCUUAUCACAUUUGUGAAUAAACAUCUAAACAAACUUAACUUGGAGGUGACAGAACUGGAGACACAGUUUGCAGAUGGUGUAUACUUGGUGUUGCUUAUGGGACUUCUUGAAGAUUACUUUGUUCCUCUCUACAACUUCUAUCUGACACCAGAAAGUUUUGAACAGAAGGCUCACAAUGUAGCAUUUUCCUUUGAGCUUAUGCAGGAUGGCGGACUUAAGAAACCAAAGGCUCGCCCAGAAGAUAUUGUAAACCUGGACUUGAAGUCCACGCUGAGAGUGCUUUACAAUCUAUUCACAAAAUACAAGAAUGUGGAGUAAUUGUUGGAAUAAUCAAGACAUUCUGGGAGAAACAUCACUGAGCAGUUACCAGGAAUGCCUCCCAUAUACCUGUGCCUUGCCAAGUUGACAUCGCAGUAUUAGUUUGUUUGGAUUUUUUUAAAUAAGAAAGUUCCUAGUUUGUAAUUUGCUUUUAUAUUUAUAAGACUGUUUCCUCCAGAUACAUUUCUUCCUUCUCUUAAAACCAUUUUGUUAUUUAACUAAAUGUCCACCCCUUGUCUGAAGUGCAAUGGUUACAAUAUUGUCUGUUAUAGAGUCAAUGGAACCCGACCAUUUUAUUUCCUGUGUUAUCUUUUAUGCUGUAUUGUAGUAUGAAUUUUGUUACAACAUGCAUGUUACCUGACUCCUCCUCACCAGGUUAUAUUGAGGAUAGUGUAUAUCAUUUGUUGCCUUGAAACCUCUUGAGGAUUGAGCAGUGUUCAACCUUUCAAUGCACAGAACUCGUUCCUAGAAUAUACAGUGAUGUCUGUAUGGGAAGAUACUGGUUAGAAAUAGAGAAUGCUUUGCAAUUCUACAACAAUUAAUUGACUUUGAAAAGUGACAGGUGUAAGUCAUCACUUAUGCUGCAAUACUGUUUUCUUCACUCUUGAAUGCAGUGGUAGGUUCCCUACCUUGGAGCCAGGAGACCCAAGUUCAAGUCUCACCUGUUCCAGCAUUGUGCAGUAACAUCUGUAAAUAAGUUGAUUAGAAAAUAGUAACUGUUUCCUUCAAAUGGCCCUAGUGGUGCAAUGGUAGUGUCCCUUCCUCUGAACCAAAAGUCUGGGUUCAAGUCCCACCUGAUCCAAAAGUAUGUACUAGCAUUUCUUUACAGGUUGUUUAGAAAAUAUAUUAUUUUCUUCAGGGGCUUUUGUGUGUAGUGGUAGUCUCCUGACCUCUGAACCUCACUAGUUCAAAUUCCAUCUGCUCCAGAGGUGUGUAAUAACAUCUCUGAACAGGUUGAUUAGCAAAUAUCUAUUUUCUUCAAGUAAUCAUGAUGCAUCUUCAUUUAUAUGAAAAUUAUCCUAUAUAUUUACUCCCACGACUUCAUCAGUUAAAAUGAAGUAAAUAAUGCAGUUAUAGUAUUGUUCAUGUGCUAUGCCAUAUUUUAUCAUAGUCCACUUGAGUUCUUAAAGCCGAGAGAGUAGGUUUCUACUUCCUUUUAAGGCUUUACCAAUGACACUGAGAGAUGCAUAUGCCUUGCACUUUUCUCCUGGGCUCAAAUGUCUCAGUGCAGCUGAUAUUGAGAAUUCAGUGAAGCAGCAACUUUCAUCUCUUUACAAUGCUACAACCUCACUGCAAGCAGUGAUUCAUCAUUUGUUGGAGCACUACACAGAGAGUCAGUACUAUUUACGUAAUAAAAUAAUUCUCAUAAAUUUGUAACAGGCUUUACAAAGAUAAGAGUUUCUUCUGCUUUUGUAAUCUGUCUCAAAUUCUUAGGAAAAUGAUGGCCACUACAACAAAGAAGGGGGAAGUGACUGAACAUAAUGUUCUGAGGAGAGAGUGACAAAUAGUUAGGUUGAAAAGCUGUCAUCAAAAUUAAUGGAAGGAGAUAAUACAGUGAAUAUACUGACUUCCUUGAAGGAAUUUUCUUUCUUUAAAUGAUCAGAAUUCAUUAUUUGUAUGGUUCCCAGAAAAUAUUCUAGGAUUUUAUUGCAGUGUUCUAAAUUACAAUACUUAAUAUUUAAUGCAUGUUUUGACAAUGGAUAAUUAAGUAGAGGCACAGAAAAAGCCAGGCUAAAUAUACUUAGAUAACUUCUAUAACAAUACAAAACGGUUAAACAUAAACUAAUUAUGUAUCAGAACACAGCUGGUUGACUACUUGAAUUCAGUAUUUUGACAAUUCUGUAUUUUUUUCAUUGGUGUUUAAUACUGUUAAAGAAAAUCAAAAUAUUAGGCUGGAGAUUGAUAUGUUAAUGAAUCCUUCAACCAAAUGGUGGCACUGUAGUACAAAUAGACUGUAAGGCACAAGUGAGUCUUUACAAUAUGACUGAAACAUUUCUGCUUUGAAACAUCUGUCACUUUGCAGACUAUUGAAUAUCAGGGUGCUGGGGGUGUCUGGAGGCAAAGUUUUUUUUCUUUUGCCAGAAAUGUUUUGAAAGCUGUUUUAUAAUUGGAAAAUGAGGAGGGCUUAGUGCAACGUAUUUGAGUUGACUGAUUCAAGUUAAAAUUGAUGAUUUUAAUGAAGCAAAGUUAACCUGAGUACAGAUUGAGAAUUCUUGGAUAAAAUUGUUGAUUGGAGAAAUCUCCCUCUGUUGGAGCACAGUCAUGUUACCCACUCACCCAGGGACAGCAUAAGGACAGUUUAACGUGUAAUUGGGACUUGAUCUAGAGGAUUCACAGUUCUCCUUUGCUGAGUCAUAGCCCAGGGUGCAAGUAACUGCUUUCAGAGGUCUAAUCUCAGUGCUUAUUUCUCACCUACUUUAUUCACCCUCUCACAAGAGUGGCACUGAAGUGGAAGAUGUCAGAUUCAAACCUUAUAAACUGCAAGUGAAAUGUGGAGCCUUCAAAUUGUGUCAAUGCAUGGGAACCUUUCAAAGAAAGCUCCUUAAUGGUACAGGAGUUCAAAAAACAUUGCAUAUUGUAGGAACAGUUCUGUUUUUCUGUAUUUUUUUAAUAUACUUAGUGAUUAUAUCUUAAACUGUUUUCUAUUGUUAGAUUCCAAUUUACUAUUAUAAUUGAGACAUGAAGAUAGUGAAGUACAUGUACCAUAACUGGCACUUGAGCAUUAGAAAAAAAGUUUGCACACAGUUGGGUUUUUUCUGAUAUUUGCCUUGCACAGUUAUUUGUUUUGCCAUCAUGACAGUUUAUAAACUCUUACUAUCUUUUGUAUAAUCUUUUGCUAUUUAUCAAACUAACAAGUUUAUAGGUAUUUUCUUAGUGCAUGAUAUCAUCAACUACGGUGCUAGUUCGGUGUAACCAGAGGCCAGUAUGGUUAUAACUUGCAGUGUCAAUUUACUUGAAAAUUGUUUCUUUUAAUAGAAAAGUAUACUAUUCCUCAUAAACUGGAGAUAAGUUUACAGUGAUGCAGUCACUGACUAGUGUUACUUGAACAAUCAUACACAUGCACCUGUAAGUUCCUUUUGCACUGAAUUGCCUUAACAGUGUGAUUUUCUUCUAGCACUUUAGAAGAGUAUAAAUAUGAUUCAAUGAUGUUAUCAGUUUUCUUAUUUUGUAUGCCAUCUGAGUUAUAUUCACUGUAAGUAAGGUACAAGACACCAGCACAUUUGCAUCUGGUAUAUCAGUCUUCGCGAUCUCAUUAAAAAAAAACCCAUAUCCAACUUUACAUAAUGCCCUACUAGUGCAUCUCCCUGAACUUGCUGAUCUGCAUUGAUUCCUGGUCACCUAAUGUCUCCAGUUUAACUACUUCCUCCUUUUAUUUAAAUCUCUCUAUGGCCAUUUCAUUCCAUAGCUUUGUAGCCUCCUAAAGUGCUGCUUCAGGCUCCUCUUCCCAUUGAGCCCUACAGUCUUACAAAUUUGACCUUUCAUGCAUUUUCCCUUCCUUAUCUUUCACUUCUGCACUAUGCCUGCUUCCAACGGUUUGGAAUUCCCAUUUUACAUCCCAUGUAACCUCUGUUAAUGCGUUCUGUUGACAAAACCUUGUUCUCCUGUUACGUCAUCACCAUUAGCAAGGCAUCAAUUAAUUUGAAGAUUAAGAAUCUUGGGAUAUUUUUGUGUUAAAGGCAUAUCUAAAUGUUUCUGCUGCAUGCCAUUUACAUGGUACAGAUUUUACCUACUAGUUGCCCAAGCCUGGUUAUUAUCCCAACUUGUUGCAGACUCGGAUGGGGUGCUUUAUUGUUGGAAGAGAUUGCCCAUUAAUAUAACCGCUAACGUUUGCAUUCCAGAAAGCUUCCCUGAUUAAUUUGAUGACCGAAUGUGGCAGUUUUCCCUCCCAUUACCAACCACCUUUAGUGCCUCCUAUUCUUAAACUAUCUUAAGGGUUUCCCUUUGAUUCCAUUAACUCAAGUUUGGCCAGGCUUCUUUGUGUUGUGCUUGGUUAAUUGCUGUCGUCUUGUUGAUUGCACCUACUUCUGCCUGUCCUCCAGGCUGCCUUUUCCCUGGGGUGAUGUGUAAUAUAAGGGCAUACAUCCAGAUUAUGCCUCUGACUUGAUUGACAGGACAUCAGAAUGGAUCAAGCUACCAUGUUGUUUAUCUAUUCCUAGUAUAUAAGAACAAGAUCACUGUUACCUGAAUUAAUUUGAUUCAUGUUAAUUUAGCUGUAAUAUGACUGAAUUUCUACAGAAUAUCCUCUGCAAUAAAUAUAGUUAAGUAUUGACUUAUGUACAAUAUGUUCUUUAAGAAUAUGGAGGUUGUAAAUCUCACUGAUCCUUGGCAAUUUAAUUUUAAUCUUAAAAUAAUUAGUUAAAUCCUUGCAACCAAAUCACUGACUUUGUAGUGCAUAAAAUUUGAAAGUUACAAUUGUAUGUUGCACCUUUUUGACACUUGGACCUGGCUGAUAUUGAAAGUUGCAGCUAAGUGAGGCUCAAGAAUCUGAUUUUGAAGUUAAACCAAGUUUUGACUUUUUUUUAAAUGUUCAGAAACAUUAAAUAUUUACAUUUUCUUCACUCUA